AUGGUGAUGACCGCCUGCUUCCUCGCCGCCGACUCCAUUUCCUCCUCCACCGCCAAACCCCGCAUCCACCUCCCUUCAUUCCAAUCCCCUUCCCUUUCCAAACCCUACGCCUCAGCUCCUCCUCCUUUUCCUCCCCUAUUUCCUUCCGCUAUCUCGCCAAUCGACAUGACCUUCUCCCUCUGUUCGUUCCUUCCGUCUCGCUCACCAAUAGAUUACCUGAGAUGA